AUGCAUCUUUUCAAUAUCACGGUCUCCGGGGAGUCUCCGGUCAUUACCUGGCCUGACGUUGUCAUAUUCGUCCUGUGUCUCCUAAUGUCGUUUCUCAUCUGUGUGGUCAACAUACUUACCAUGCUGGUCAUUAGUCGAACCCCAUCCCUCAGGUCGUACGCCAUGGCUUACGUGGGCAGUCUGGCCGUAGUGGACUUUCUCGUCGGCCUGCAGUUGAUCCCACUGGCCCUGUUCGUCCUGCCACCGACCAGGGUUAACCUCUUCGACCGCUACAUAAGCCUGUGCCUCCUCAUGAACGGCCUCAACAUGGGCGUGUCGAGCGUGUCCAUCAUCCACAUGGCUGUCAUCGCCGUGGACCGAUACCUGUACAUAGCUAAACCGUACUUCUACGAGAAAAUCAUGAACACGCGUGUCGUCAUCUCGUGCGUUUGCUUCGCGUGGCUUCUCGGCUUGAUGUUCAUGGCGAUGCCUCAGUUCGUCCACACUUCGAAUGGUAACAUCACCAUCUGCGACCUCACUAGACUGAUACCCGUUUGGCACGUCAUGUACGGCGUUUGGGUCCUUUACUUCACACUGUCCGCCAUCAUCCUCCUCAUGUACUGCCUCAUUCUACGCACGGCUUUCAAAAAGCGCGCUGCCAUCAAUUCCGUUGGGCCGGUUGACAAGAGCCCACGUGAGACGCACUUCCACAUGCUUUCAAGAGCUUCGGUGAAAGGUCUCAAGUUUUUUCUGACGCUCUUUGGGGUUUUCUUCGCGUGCAUGACGCCCGUCGUGGUGGUCAUGGGGCUGGACUACUACGUCAGUGUACCGAGCGUCCUGUACAGGUUCCUGGUGCUGCUUGCCUUUUCAAACUCUGGGAUGAACUUUGUCAUCUUUGCUCUCCAAAAUAUGGCGUUCCGUCAUUCCUUGUGUAAGAUGUUGCCUUGUUGUUGCUGUAAG